AUGCCAAGCAGCCAUCCGGCGCCGAGCGCUAUAGAAUGGGAGGCUCGAAAACCUCAGAUUGAGAAGUUGUAUCAGUCUGUGAAACUUAGCGAGCUCAAGGAGGAGAUGGAGCGCAUUGGGCUUUUCGCCACAGAGGCCAUGUACAAGAAAAGGUUCCGUGACUGGGGAUGGCGCAAGAACAUAACGCACGAGCUUGCUGUCGAGGCCGCCAGAAAAAGGGCUCGGUGCGAAGAGGACGGACGCCCAGCUUCUAUUGUACUCAUAAACGGCAAAGAGGUUCCGGGUAGUAGGAUCGAACGUCACGUCAAGAGACACAAGGCCGACUUGCGCAAACGCGAGGCGGAUAAGGCGUCAGCACAAGCCAAGAGCAGCCUGGAGACCUCGAGCGUCGUCGUGAAGACGCCAGUCAAUCACCCGACCUCCCCAACGGAAAUGGCCGUCACCCAGACACCGGAAUAUCAGAGGAUCCACUCCCAUAAACCGGCACAAGAACUAGCCGUCUCCGUCGCGCCGUUCCCUCUGGGUGGUGCCGAAGGUGCCGACCUGGAACUGCCCUGGGAAAACUUCUACUACCCUCUCCCCAACGAGCCAAGCCAGUUGACUUCAUCCGACUGUAACUUCGCUGGUUACGGCAUUUUACCCCCGAACGCCAACAGCUACAACAAUAUGUCCAGUCAAAGGAACCUGGUAUCCUUAAUUCCCCCGCAGAAUCUGCCUAAAACUCGCCAGCCGAUCCAUCAAGCGGCACAGGAGGGUCACAUCAAAACUGUCAAGCUUCUCCUGAAAGCCAGGCUGAGUUGCGCAGACCUCGAGGGCGAAAAUGGCGAGACGCCUCUCUUUCUUGCAGUAGAACACGGGCACACCGAAAUCGCUAAGACACUCCUUGCUGCCGGCGCCAAUCCUAACGCAGCGGACCGGAAAACCCGGAGGUCCUGCAUUCACCAAGCCGCUCAAGGGGGCCACGCCGAAUGUGUCCGCCUCCUCCUCACUCACGGUGCCACGGUUGAUGAAUCGGAUACUCGAGGCUGGACGGCCUUGCUCCUCGCUUCACAUAAGGGAUGUGCCGAAACGGUCAAUGAGCUGCUUCACGCUGGUGCCAACCCCCACGCCUGUCUCCGGAUUGGCCAGAAGCGCGCCAUUCACCUAGCGGCCCAAGGCGGCCAUCUCGAAUGUGUCCGUCUUCUCCUCUCCGUAGACGCCAGGACGGACGAGCCGGACUGUGGCGGUCCAACACCCUUCCUACUCGCCUGCGCCGGAGGGUGCGUUGACGUCGCCAGGCUCAUCCUGUCUGAAAGGCGGGAGGCUACUGACGUCAACGCCGGCGGCUAUCUAUCUGGGAGUCAGCCCUGGAAGCCCCUCCACGUGGCCGCCUAUUGGGGCCACCUCCUAACCGUCCAAUUCCUCAUCGACGCCGGAGCAUCUCUGGAUUUGCCGGCCGAGGGAGGUGCCACGGCUCUCUGGUUAGCCUGUUGUCACGGUCAUCUGGAGGUCUCCGAAUGGCUGGUAAAGAAGGGCGCCGACGUCAACCACGCCCUGCCAGCCAGCCAACGGCGGCCAAUCCACCAAGCCGCGGAGAACGGGCACCUAGAGCUUGUACAAUUUCUACAUGGCCGAGGAGCUUAUCUUAAUAGUGGUGAUGCCAAAGGAGUCACGCCAUUAUGGCUAGCCAGCCAACAAGGCCAUGCCCGGAUCGUUGAGUUCCUCCUGGAGCACAACGCGAACCCCGACGCACGAACCAUCGAUACUUUCCAUUACCCUAUACACGAGGCAGCCCAUAAGGGACACACCGACACGGUGGCCGCUCUUGUCCGGCACAAGGCCCGCGUCAACGUAGUCGAGCGCGGCGGAUGGUCACCGCUCAUACUCGCGACCCAACAGGGCCACGGUGAGAUCGUCCGACUCCUCAUCGACAACGGUGCUGAUGUCAAUCUCGGAAAUCAGCAAGGCGCCACGGCUUUGUGGGUCGCCGCGCAACAGGGGCACACUGAGAUUGCCAUAAUGCUGCUUGACAAACUAGCACAGCCCACCGUCAGCUUGUCCGGGAGGCAACCCAUCCACCAGGCUGCGCAGAACGGCCACCUUAAAAUGGUGCAACUGCUGGUGGACUGGGGUUCCAAUAUUGACUGCCAAAUCCCCCACCGUGGAGCGUUGAAAAUCACGCCCCUGUGGCUUGCGUCGCAUUGUGGGCACGAUGCCAUCGUCGAGUUCUUGUUGGAGAAGGGCGCCUCCCCAGUCAUUGGGUGA